AUGAGAUUAUUAACAUUUUAUCUAAACCUUAUACUCAUUAUUUUUGUUUAUGCAAAAGCUUCUCCAAUUAAUAAGUUACAAGACUUCAAGGAGGUAAGCAAUUAAGUGACAAAAAAGAGUCAAAUCAAUGAACCUAUCUAAAAUGACACUGGACAAUCUUUAUAUUAAAGUGAAGAAGAAACAAAAAAAAGAAAUACUUAUAAGGAAUCAUAAUUAAAUAAGUUUAAGCCCUUGUUUGGUGUAAUAAUAUUUUUACUUUGCUUUGAUAGUUAAGAAAAUCAGAUUAAAAUGGAGAAGUAAAGAACCAAAAUAUUUCCAAAGACUUAGGAAAGUCAAUUUAAAUGACAAAAGGAACGCCAAUAGGCAUGGAAAAUGAGUAAUUGCUCUUUAUAUGGGAUGAGUAAUUGGGGAAUUUUGAACCAGAUGUAACAUUAACCUUUGAUUUAUCUCCUGGUUCUAUAGAGGUAUGCAACACUUUUUUUAUAUGUUGUAGGUAUUUUAUGAGGACAUCUUGAAGCCUACUAAAAUCAAAGGAGCUUUCUUUAUUUCCUAAUUAGCUUUAGAGGAAAGGAUUGAUUUCUUUAUUAAAUCCUCUAAUAAUACUUUGAUCUAUUCGAAGGAAAAGGUUAUUGAAGGAAUGUUUAAUAUUGAUAUUUUGGAAAAGGGAGAAUACAAAUUUAUCUUCUAGAAUAAAAGAGUAUGAGAAAUAGCUAUAAGCAUAGACCAAAGGCACUCAAACAAUUAUAUUCACUCUAGAUGUACACGAUUCAGAAUAGGAAAUUAUGAAAAUUCAAGAUUUAGAUCCCGUAGAGCAAAGGAUAGAAAGAAUAUCAAUGGCAAUGAGAGUAUUAAAUAAUAUUAUGCAAAAAGGAUAAUUAUUAUUUUGAUAAAAUAACUGGAUAAAUAUUUGAAGGCAAUUUAAGCCAAAUAUAGAAAUCGAAUGAAGAAUUAUUAAUGUUUAGUAUUCUAGAGAGUGUGGGAGUGAUCCUUAUUACAAUUUGGUAAGUGUACUACAUAAAGAGAGUGGUGGGCAAUCAAAGAUUAUUUUGA